AUGUCAAAACUCUUGUCAAGAGUGUGGAUUGUCUCACACAGGACGGAGAUGUGGCUUCUGAUUGUGGUGGCAUAUUUGUUCCAAAGAAAUGUGAAUUCGGGAGGUAUGCCGACUAAAGCAGCGGACCCAGAAGCAUUCAUGAAUAUUAGUGAAAUCAUCCAACAUCAAGGCUAUCCCUGGGAAGAGUAUGAAGUCGUGACAGAAGAUGGGUAUAUCCUUUCUGUUAACAGAAUUCCUCAAGGCCUAACGAAACUUAAGAAGACAGGUUCCAAGCCUGUGGUGUUCCUGCAGCACGGCCUGCUUGGAGACGCCAGCAACUGGAUUUCCAACCUUCCCAACAACAGCCUGGGCUUCAUUCUGGCCGAUGCUGGUUUUGACGUGUGGCUGGGGAACAGCCGGGGAAACACCUGGUCUCGGAAACACAAGACCCUCUCCAUUGACCAAGAUGAGUUCUGGGCUUUCAGUUAUGAUGAGAUGGCUAGGUUUGACCUUCCUGCAGUCAUAAACUUUAUUUUGCAGAAAACCGGCCAGGAAAAGAUCUAUUAUGUCGGCUAUUCACAGGGCACUACCAUGGGCUUUAUUGCUUUUUCCACCAUGCCAGAACUGGCUCAGAAAAUCAAAAUGUAUUUUGCUUUAGCACCCAUAGCCACUGUCAAACACGCCAAAAGUCCUGGCACCAAAUUUUUGCUGCUGCCGGAUAUGAUGAUCAAGGGGCUGUUUGGCAAAAAAGAAUUUCUGUACCAGACCAGAUUCUUCAGACAGUUUGUUAUUUACCUGUGUGGUCAGAUGAUUAUUGAUCAGAUUUGUAGCAAUGUCAUGUUACUUCUGGGAGGAUUUAACGCCAACAAUAUGAACAUGAGCCGAGCAAACGUGUACGUGGCGCAUACGCCCGCCGGGACGUCUGUGCAAAAUAUCCUACACUGGAGCCAGGCAGUGAACUCUGGGGAACUCCGGGCGUUUGACUGGGGGAGCGAGACCAAAAAUCUGGAGAAAGGCAAUCAGCCAACUCCUGUAAGGUACAAAGUUAGAGACAUGACGGUCCCCACGGCGAUGUGGACGGGGGGUCAGGACUGGCUUUCAAACCCAGAGGAUGUGAAGACACUGCUGGCCGAGGUGACCAAUCUCAUCUACCAUAAGAACAUUCCUGAAUGGGCACAUGUGGACUUCAUCUGGGGUUUGGACGCUCCUCACCGUGUGUACAAUGAAAUCAUACACCUGAUGAAGCAGGAAGAAACCAGCUUUUCCCAGGGAGUGUGUGGCAUCCGAUUGUGAAACCGUGGACACUGACAAGUCUCAGAAAAGCCUCGGGGAAGAGGGAACCCUUAAAUGGAGGAUUUUAAGGAUUUCCAGAAUUGAAAACCCACCAUAUGAGUAGGGGGGUGGAGAAGGGAGGACAGAGAUAUAGUACAUAUUCCUUGAGAUUUCCUGUAUUUGGCACUAAAACUGACAUUUAAAUUUUUAUCAGCUAAUUAAAAUAUUGAUU